AGCCAGCAACGAUGCCAUCGAGAACAUUCCAUACCGGUACCCACCUUGACACUAUCAGUACAUCGACGGACCAAAUUAUUUCUUGGUUAGAUUCAGACAGGAUGGACAUUUGGCAGCAGUCUACGAUGCCGAUGCAGUCAGAAAUGUCAUCUGCAGCGACCCACAAGGUUGGGAAGAAGCCGGGAUUGAAGCAAACCUGGCUAUUGAUAGACAACUUGCAUCUACCUCCAGGAAUAACGGAUUUUGGAUCUGAUAUCUGCCCUUCCUCAACAUGUUCGAAUUCCAGCAUGUCCAAAUCGAACGAAGCAACAACGACGUACGGUAUCAGCUUAGGGGGGAACAUGAUGAAUUACUUUUCGAAUGUGAUGCUGAACUAUGCAUCAACAUGUGGAGCAAUGUCAGGACCGACUAAUGGUUCUGUUGGAGCCGAGACAGAGUGGAAAGAUUCCUGCAAUGCCUACGUCAGUUCGACGGAUGGGAAAACGA